GGACGCUGGAUAACAUGCCCCGUGACAUGGCCCUGCUGUAGCUUCCGGUCGUCUUGAGUUCAGCUGCCGAUGCUUGUUCACCAUGAGCGGGUUAGGUGAAAACUCUCUGGACCCUUUGUCUGGCGAUUCGAGAAAGAGGAAGCCAUCGUUAUGUGACACUCCAGGCCCCAGCCUGACCUGCAGCGGGGAGAAGAGAAGACGUGAGCAGGAGAGCAAAUACAUCGAAGAGCUGGCCGAGCUGAUAUCAGCAAACCUCAGCGACAUUGACAACUUCAAUGUCAAACCUGAUAAAUGUGCAAUCUUAAAAGAGACCGUCAGGCAGAUUCGCCAGAUUAAAGAACAAGGAAAGGCUUCCUCCAACGACGAUGAGGUCCAGAAGGCAGACGUGUCAUCCACAGGGCCGGGGGUGAUCGAUAAGGAUUCUUUGGGGCCUCUUCUGCUGCAGGCGCUGGACGGGUUCCUGUUCGUGGUGAACCGGGAAGGCAGCAUUGUGUUCGUGUCGGAGAACGUCACCCAGUACUUGCAGUACAAGCAGGAGGAUCUGGUCAACACCAGCGUCUACACCAUCCUGCACGAAGAUGACCGCAAAGACUUCCUCAAGAAUCUGCCCAAAUCCACAGUUAACGGGGUGCCGUGGUCGAAUGAAACCCCCAGACAGAAGAGUCAUACGUUUAACUGCCGCAUGCUGGUAAAGACGCCGUUGGAUCACCUGGAAGAUGGCGGUAUGGACCCGCGGCAGAGAUACGAGACCAUGCAAUGUUUCGCCUUGUCGCAGCCACGUGCCAUGAUGGAGGAGGGGGAAGACCUGCAAUCCUGCAUGAUCUGUGUGGCCAGACGUAUCACGACCAUAGAGAGAGUCUUCUCCGGCAGCCCAGAGAGCUUUAUCACCCGACAUGACCUCUCAGGCAAAGUGGUGAAUAUCGACCCCAACUCCUUGCGUAACUCAAUGAGGCCGGGCUUUGAGGACACAAUCCGCAGGUGUAUACAGAGGUUCCUGUGUCACAGUGACGGUCAGCAGUGGACCUCCAAACGCCACUAUCAGGAAGCUUAUGUCCACGGUCACUCGGAGACGCCGCUAUACAGGUUCUCUCUGGCGGAUGGCACCAUGGUGACGGCGCAGACCAAAAGCAAGUUAUUCCGCAACCCUGUCACGAAUGAUCCUCAUGCCUUCGUCUCCACUCACUUCCUGCAGCGAGAGCAAAAUGGCUACCGACCUAAUCCCAAUCCAAUGCCUCAAGGUGUGCGCCCUCCUCUGCCUCAGAAUCCCAAUCCCGCCAAUGCCAUGAAUGUCUCACCCGUACAGGGUUUGCCGCCACAGAACAGGAACUACAGCAUGGGAGAGCCCAACAACAUGGGGCAAAUGCCCGGCAUGAGAUACGGCCCUGCCGGCAACAUGGGUCCAUCACCACAGGCUCUGGGAAUGCAGCAAUCGCCGUAUCAGAGCAACAACUAUGGCAUCAACAUGAGCAGUCCGCCGCAUGGCAGCCCCAACAUGAGCAGCAACCAGCCUGGUCUUAUGGUGUCUCCCAGGAAUAGAGGGAGCCCCAAGAUGGGAUCCAGCCAGUUCUCCCCAAUUCCAGGCAUGAACUCUCCAAUGGGGUCGUCCGGGAACGCAGGAGAACGGAGUUUUUCGAGUAGCUCGCUCAGUGCCCUUCAUGCAAUAAGCGAAGGCGUUGGCAGUUCUCUUCUGUCGUCGUUGUCCUCGCCCGGUCAGAAGACGGAGAACGCUCCUAACGUGAACAUGGCGCAGCAAGCUAAAAUGGGAAACCCGGAGUGUAAGAGUCCGGCUGGGUUGUUCUGUGAACAGGGACAAGUGGAGAGUUCUGUGUGCCAGUCCAGCGGGAGGGAGCACCUGGCAGAGAAGGACAGUAAGGAGAAUAUUGUUGAAGGCCCCGACAGCCAGCGGGCACAAGUAGAAAGUAAAGGCCACAAGAAGCUCCUGCAGUUAUUGACGUGUCCUACCGAGGAGCGAGGUCACAGUACUAUGACCAACUCUUCCAUGGACUCGGGCUGUAAAGAUUCUUCCAGCAGCGUCACCAGCCCCUCCAGCGUGUCCUCCUCCACCGGGGUCAGCUCCACGUCCAAUCUGCACGGCUCCAUGCUGCAGGAGAAGCACCGCAUCCUUCACAAGCUGUUACAGAACGGCAAUUCGCCCGCCGAGGUCGCCAAGAUCACCGCGGAAGCCACGGGCAAGGACAGUUUGCAGGAGUCUGCCGGCUCUGCCCCCGGCAUGGAGCCGACAAUUAAGCAGGAACAGAUGAGCCCUAAGAAAAAGGAGAAUGCGCUUUUGCGAUACCUGCUGGACAAGGACGAGGGCAAGGAUCAGAUGACGAAGGACAUCAAACCCAAAAUAGAACCAAUGGACAGCAAACUGGGCCAGUGCAGCAGUUCCUCUGUUCCCACCUCAAGCCAGGACAAGGAAUUGAAGAUAAAGAGCGAGCCCACCGAGGAGGUGACCGGCGACUUGGACAACUUGGACGCAAUCCUCGGGGACCUCGCGGGCUCAGACUUCUAUAAAUGUCUUUUGUGGGAUCAUCUGACUGAAUCGCGGCUUUAUGAUUAUAUACUCUGUGCUUUUGCAGGCAUGAGGAGCCCUCAGAAUGUUCAGGUGACUCGGCCUCCCUUCAAUCGAGCCAUGUCAUUGGACAGCACUAUGCCGGGUAACUCCACCCCUCCAGUUCGGAAUGUUAAUAAUUUUCCAAUGAUGCCAAAGCAGGGCAUGAUGGGAAGUCCGAGGAUGAUGGAUGGCCAGGAUAGUUUUGUGAUGCUAGGGAAUGGAGCCAACAGGGGAAUGGGCCAACACCCGGGCGGAGAGUGGGCCAUGCAGAACUCUGCUGUGAACCGGAUGGAGCCCUCCAACACAGGGCCGGUAGGGAGACAAGGGCCGGAAUAUAAUGCUGCCAUGCAGCGACCUGCCAUGAACGCAAGUAUGCCGGGACAUCCGGGAAGAUCCAACAGCAUGCCAGGGAACCGGACGGUGCUACAGCAGCAGAUGAUACCAAUGAGGCCUAAUGACAUGCCAAUGGGAAUGGGAUCUAGCCCUUAUGGUCAGCAAGCACCUUCGAACCCCGGGGGCUCCUGGCCAGAGAGUAUGAUGGCCAUGGAUCAGGGGCCGAAUGGACCUCAGAACAGGCAACAUGGACGGACCACUCUGGAUGAUCUCCUCUGUCCUCCGUCAACUUUAGAGGGGCAGACCGACGAGAUCGCCCUCCUGGACCAACUGCACACCCUUCUGAGCAAUACAGAUCCCACAGGGCUGGAGGAAAUAGAUCGGGCCCUAGGGAUCCCUGAGCUUGUCAACCAGGGCCAGACUCUAGACUCCCAACCAGAUAGCUUCCAGCCGCAAGACUCCCCGGUGCUGAUGGAUCAGAAGCCCCCAAUGUACGGACAGCCGUAUGCAGGACAGGGGUCCGCCAUGCAGGCCGGGGGCUUCAAUAGUAUGCAGGGCCAGCACCCUCAAUUCAACUCUAUGAUGGGACAGAUGGGCCAGCAGCAAGGAAAUUUCCAAAUGCAAGGAAUGCACCCCAGAGCCACCCUUAUGAGGCCCCGGACCAACAUCCCCAAACAGCUGAGGAUGCAGCUACAGCAGAGGCUCCAAGGCCAGCAGUUCCUGAACCAAAGUAGACAAGCACUUGAGAUGAAGGUGGAAGGUAUGAACGCGGGCGGCGCUGGGGUGAUGCGGCCUGUGAUGCAGACGCCUGUACAGUCCCAGCAGGGCUUCCUGAAUGCUCAAAUGGUUGCUCAGCGGAACCGAGAGCUCCUCAGCCACCAGAUCCGCCAGCAGAGGAUGGCCAUCAUAAUGCAACAGGGGCAGGCGCAGGGGUUCAGCCCUCCUCCCAAUGUGACUGCUUCUGCCAGUAUGGAGAACCCCAUGGCUGGACCUCCCAUGCCUCAGGCUCCUCCCCAGCAGUUCUCCUACCCACUUAAUUAUGGAAUGAGUCAGCAAGCUGAUCCCACCUUCGGAAGGGUUUCCAGUCCCCCCCAACCCAUGAUGUCAUCUCGUAUGCCUCCUUCCCAGAAUCCCCACCCUCAGCCGACACAGAUGUACCAGUCACCCGACAUGAAGGGCUGGCCAUCAGGAACUAUAGCGAGACCCAGCUCGUUCCCGCAGCAGUACAGCCACCAGGGCAAUCCCGCCACUUACAACAUGAUGCACAUGAGCAGUAAUGGUAACCACAUGGGCCAAAUGGCUAUGAACUCCUUGCCCAUGUCGGGCAUGCCGAUGGGACCGGACCAGAAGUACUGCUGACGUUGCGCGGCCGCCGCGGAGGAAAGUGUGCGCUAUAGAGGAGACAUUUCUAU